GUCCCUCGAACCAAUGAAGUAAUAACAGAAAAAGGUGCAAGCGUUUAUAAUUUGUCAAGGACUCCGAAGACUCUGAGUUCCAUUUUGCAAGAGAGGAAACAGACAAGGCUGGAGAAACUUGCUGUCCCCAGACAACCAGUUCAAACAAAAGGCAGCAGAUUCGAAGAAGUAGAACCAAAGGUCAUUAGAUCCAACAAGUACAUAGCACGCGUGCAAUCAUCAAGUGUACCGCAAGAGAUGCAGAAAGCAGCAAAGCAAGGUUCAGUUUUGUGCUGUCAUGUAGAAGAUGAAAGCGAAAACUGCAAUAAACCACAAGCUUUAGUUGAAGAUAGCGACCAAAUUUCAGUGUCAAUGGUUACAAAUGAACAGCAAGACCGAGAACCUGAUUUCGAAAGAUCAGAAGAACGCGAGUUUAAGAGCGUUGCAUCUGAUCCACUACAUGGAACCGAUGAAGCAAAUACUUAUGAAAAGCCACAUAAUCAAAGCACUUAUGCAUCAAAGAUGCCACAGCCAUUGACAGAGAGUGAAAAUCACCUCAAGCAGAUACUUAUGAAAAGCCAACUAUUUACGAACACAACAGAGGCGCUUUUCAAGCUGGACAUUCCUAUCGGAAUUCUUCAUGGAAAUGUCCACAACUAUAAUGAGCAAGAAAGCAAGCUCCUUUUGGACUGUGGCUACGAAGUAAUGAAAAGGAGAGGAAGAAGGCAGGAACUAAGUGCUCAUCCAUUUCUGCAAGUAUCCAUCAGCAGCAGUACUUCAAACAAAGCAAAAUCCUUGUAUGACUUGGUGAAGCCAAUGUGUAAAGAUUUUGAUAAGUUGAAGUCAUAUGGAAGGGAGGGUAAGGAAGAUUGUUCCUUUGAAGACUACCUAUCGAAGAUGAUUGAGGUCGAUGUCAACAACAAGGAAGCAGAUUUGAAUUGUAUGUGGGAGUUGGGAUGGAACUGCAUGAUGUUUGCAUUAGAGAAAGAUGAUACUGUAAGGGAUGUUGAGAAGUACGUGCUUAAUGGACUACUAGUUGGCAUUACCAGAGAUCUUUUCACACCCAUAAGUGUUUCAGCUUAGGGGAAGAAAACCCGAAUCUAUUUAAGCAUGAGUUUCCCAUAGAUUUUUCAACCUGUAAAGUGCCUAAAACUGUUUCUUUUUGUAUAUUUCCAAUUUCUCUAUUGAUUGAAAGAAAAAGAGAGUCCAUGUUCA